UUAUAUAAUUUGGUGAGCCUCAAUUCCUUCUAUUGUUUAACUGCAUCAUUGUGCUCGUUGCAGUUUGCUCGUUACCCCCGUUAACACGCCAGACAUGAUCCGGAACGCAGCGCCCUUUCUGCUGGGAGCCGCCGCGGUCGUCAGUUCCGACCAGCCGCAGAAACCAAAACCGGUGGAAAACAAAAUGCUCUGCAAGCCCUCCGAAUUGCCGCUGUACCGGCCACUGAACCAGAAGAUUGCCUGCGAGUGCCACCAGCGCAAGACCGACGGAAAAUCCACGGGCCCGGUGGGUGCGAUCGAGGAUGGUUUCCGGGUGGUGCGCCUUCAGGUGCAGGAUGCGUCGAAGCUAGUCACCGAUCAAAAGAAGCAAAUUGUAAACCUGUACGAAGACGGAAAGAAGCAAACAAAGUUUAUUCACGAUUAUCUGAACCAAGAGGACAACACGAUGCCGCGCGUCGGAGCAAUCGCUAUCGGUGGUCUGGCGGGUUUGAUUUUUGGUCUCCGCGGAGGUUUCUUUAAGCGACUCAUCUACACCUCGAUCGGUGCCGGCGGUGUAGCGUCCGUCUGCUAUCCGCAGGAAGCGGAGAUGUACGCCCAGCAUGGGCUGGUGGAGGCGAAAAAGUUUGCGACGAUCGGGUACAACUUCGUGUACGGUGUGAAGCCGGGCGAUAAGCAACUUGAGCUACCCACGAUUCCGUCGAACCUGGGCGAACUGAAGGACAGUGUUUCCGGGCUAGCCAAGUCAGCGUACGACGCAGUAUUCCCCGAGAAAAAGUGAAAAGAUAAACCGCCGCUUCAUGAAGCAUGUUACUGUGAAAUACACUAUUGAUCAUUCUAGUUGAAGCCAAAAGCAGAA